AUGGCAAUAAAGCUGGAGGAAUAUGUGAAAGUAAUGCUUGUGUUACUUGCGUUUGCAGGUCACCUCCAUGCUCAUGAUAUGCCUACUGAAAACAAUGAAACAGCCUCAGCACCAACUGAUCAAGGGGACAACACAGGCGGUACGGACCACAGUGAAGGGUGGGUAUACCGUUGUGGUUGUGAUGCCGCCCCUGAUGGAAGUUGGAAUUACAAUUGGGGUACAGGUUCAGGGCCUGAUGGCAGUACUUACGGGUAUGGAUCGGGCUCAGGUCAGAGCCCUGAUGGUGGAGGAUUUGGGUUCGGUUGGGGCAGCUCUAGUUCAUCUGCUGCUGGAAGCACUGAUUCUUAUGGAUUUGGCACCGGUGAUGGGGAUGGCAGCUACUGGUUAGAAAAUGAUCCAAAUCAUGGUGUCUAA